GAUGAAUUUGGGAGAUUUGAACAAGGUGUGGGAAAUUAAAGCGUUGAAGAAGAAACCAAAGGAAGAAGAAGCGAGAAAGAUUCUGGAGAAAGUGGCGAAUCAGGUUCAACCUAUUAUGACUCGUCGCAAAUGGCGUGUCAAGCUUCUCUCUGAAUUCUGCCCAACAAAUCCAAGGCUUUUGGGAGUGAAUGUUAAUAGAGGCGUUCAUGUGAAAUUAAGGCUCCGGAGGGUAAACCAUGAUGCAGAUUUCUUAUCCUAUCACGAAGUUCUUGACACUAUGCUCCACGAGCUUUGCCACAACGCCCAUGGUCCUCACAACGCCUCUUUCUAUAAACUCUGGGAUGAACUUCGUAAGGAAUGUGAGGAGUUGAUGUCAAAGGGUAUCACAGGGACAGGCCAGGGCUUUGAUGUUCCUGGCAAGCGUUUGGGUGGCUUUUCUCGUCAGCCUCCCAUCUCUUCUCUUCGGGCAACGGCAGCUAAAGCAGCAGAGAAAAGAGUUCGUGCAGGCAAUCUGUUACCCUCAGGACCUCACCGUCUUGGUGGUGACAGCAGCAUCAUGUCAGAUCUUACCCCAGUCCAGGCUGCUGCAAUGGCUGCUGAAAGGCGUUUACUUGAUGACAUCUGGUGUGGUUCCCAAUCCACAGAGGCUUUUGAAGACCAAGAAAAUGAUAAUGACGCAUGUGCGGAACCCGUUCCGGUAAGGUCAGCAAAAAGAAGCAGUAGCUGCUCAAAUGCCACCAAUUCAUCUUCAAGUCAUCAGUGUGGAUCAUAUGUCAUUGAUUUAACAGAUGAUGAUGCCUCUGAAAGUAGAUGUAUUAAAAGAAGUUGCAACCCUGGCGAUCAAGGUCCUUCGUGUUCCUCCAGAGAUGAACCGAUAUCUGGUGUCAUGGAAUCAUCAGAAACUUCACCAUCGACUGGUUACAAUGCAAACCAAGGCAGAGAAGAAACUGCAAUGUGGGAGUGUGCAGAAUGCACCUUACUGAACCCGUUGUUGGCUCCAAUAUGCGAGCUAUGCACUGCAGCAAAGCCAAAGGAAAAAGAGAUGAAGCAUAAAGUUUGGUCUUGCAAGUUCUGCACGCUUGAAAACGAGGUGAAGCAGGAGAAAUGUGAGGCUUGUGGUCAGUGGAGAUACUCGUAUGGACAACCAUUGUCGACUCGUGCUCCUAAUGUCGGCACUUGAGGGAGUCCUUAAUGUUCUACAAGGACUAAUCUGAGCCAUUUAUUUUUUGUAGCUAAAGAGCGAUGACAACAAGUUUCUCCAUGAUAUGUCAUCUGUAAACCGAGUCCGACUUGGGCAUAUGGCUGCGUUAUGUUAUGUAGGAUUACACCUUUUAACUCCAUUUGGUACAAAGAAUAU